ACAGACCACUUCUCAGUUCCUAUGCUUCCUGGCUGAUGUUUUGGUCACUUUUGAAUGCUGGUGGUGCUUUCACUCUAGUGGUAGCAUGAGACGGAGUCUACAACCCACACAAGUGGCUCUGGUAGUGCAGCUCAUCCAGGAUGGCACACAAAUGUGAGCUGCGGCAAGAAGGUUUGCUGUGUCUGUCAGCAUAGUGUCCAGAGCAUGGAGGCGCUACCAGGAGACAGGCCAGUACAUCAGGAGACGUGGAGGAGGCCGUAGGAGGGCAACAACCCAGCAGCAGGACCGCUACCUCCGCCUUUGUGCAAGGAGGAGCACUGCCAGAGCCCUGCAAAAUGACCUCCAGCAGCAUGUGUCUGCUCAAACGGUCAGAAACAGACUCCAUGAGGGUGGUAUGAGGGCCCGACGUCCACAGGUGGGGGUUGUGCUUACAGCCCAACACCGUGUAGGAUGUUUGGCAUUUGCCAGAGAACACCAAGAUUGGCAAAUUCGCCACUGGCGCCCUGUGCUCUUCACAGAUGAAAGCAGGUUCACACUGAGCAGAUGUGACAGUCUGGAGACGCCGUGGAGAAUGUUCUGCUGCCUGCAACAUCCUCCAGCAUGACCGGUUUGGCGGUGGGUCAGUCAUGGUGUGGGGUGGCAUUUCUUUGGGGGGCCGCACAGCCCUCCAUGUGCUCGCCAGAGGUAGCCUGACUGCCAUUAGGUACUGAGAUGAGAUCCUCAGACCCCUUGUGAGACCAUAUUGGCCCUGGGUUCCUCCUAAUGCAAGACAAUGCUAGACCUCAUGUGGCUGGAGUGUGUCAGCAGUUCCUGCAAGAGGAAGGCAUUGAUGCUAUGGACUGGCCCGCCCGUUCCCCAGAUCUGAAUCCAAUUGAGCACAUCUGGGACAUCAUGUCUCGCUCCAUCCACCAGCGCCACGUUGCACCACAGACUGUCCAGGAGUUGGCGGAUGCUUUAGUCCAAGUCUGAGAGGAGAUCCCUCCGGAGACCAUCCACCACCUCAUCAGGAGCAUGCCCAGGCAUUGUAGGGAGGUCAUACAGGCACGUGGAGGCCACACACACUACUGAGCCUCAUUUUGACUUGUUUUAAGGACAUUACAUCAAAGUUGUAUCAGCCUGCAGUGUGGUUUUCCACUUUAAUUUUGAGUGUGAUUUUGUUGUCAGCACAUUCAACUAUGUAAAGAAAAAAGUAUUUAAUAAGAAUAUUUCAUUCAUUCAGAUCUAGGAUGCGUUAUUUUAGUGUUCCCUUUAUUUUUUGGAGAUAUAUAUGACUUUCGUGUGACUGCAGGUGUGUGCUGUUUGAAUCAGGGCUUAUUUAGUAUACACAAAGUAAAUAUUACCCUUUGCAUUUUUUUUCCAACAGGAAUUUUAAUGUAUUGAAUGUCUUGGUACAUCCAGUGAAAAGUACACUAUUCUCUUCGCUGUUAAACGGGAAAGUUACGUGACAUAUUUAUAUCCAGCCCGUGCCAAUAUAACAGUAAUUAGCUAGUGGGAUGCAUCAAGGGAAGACCAUUUAUAAUAUGUAACUUUCAAUAUAAUUAUAAUGAUCAUUUUCCCAAUUUUAGACACACUGUAGAUUUGCUAAUCUUUACAUCAUGAACUGUUGUAAUCAGUCUUUUGCAAGUGGAGGUGAUUUGUAGAUCAGAUCAUCUGAGCAGCACCUGGCGGAAGUCGACCCUCGAACAAGCACAACCUCUUUCCCUUAGCAGCAGAAAAGAGCCAACCACAGAAUGACAAUACCUUCUUUAUAAUUUCUCGACCAACCAAGGAGAGAGUUUCGGGGAGCAACAAUAUGGAGCCGGAGAUGGAGGACAAAACGUUGGAGCUGAUGAACACCACUUUCAUGGACUCCCAGACAGAUGACCUCUCAUCAAAGAAGAUCAUAGUGUUCAAGACGAUCACCAAUGGUCCGAUGACGGGCUCAAGGAAGCGGCCAUCGGAAGGGAACUAUGAGAAGGAGAAGGACGUGUGCAUCCAGCUGUUUGACCAGUGGUCUGAGGCUGACCAGGUGGAGUUUGUGGAACACCUGAUUUCACGCAUGUGCCACUACCAACACGGCCACAUCAACUCCUACCUCAAACCCAUGCUCCAAAGGGACUUCAUCACUGCACUGCCAGCUCAGGGUCUGGACCACAUAGCGGAGAACAUCCUGUCCUUCCUGGACGCGCGCUCGCUGUGCUCGGCAGAGCUGGUGUGUAAGGAGUGGCAGAGGGUUAUCUCAGAGGGCAUGCUGUGGAAGAAACUCAUAGAGCGUAUGGUCCGCACAGACCCCCUCUGGAAAGGCCUGUCAGAGAGGCACCAGUGGGAAAAGUACCUGUUCAAGAAUCGAACCACAGAAGUCCCACCAAACUCCUACUACCGCUCCCUGUACCCCAAAAUUAUCCAGGACAUAGAGACAAUUGAGGCCAACUGGAGGUGUGGUCGGCACAAUCUGCAGCGGAUCCAGUGUCGCUCAGAGAACAGUAAGGGGGUUUACUGUCUGCAGUAUGACGACGACAAGAUCAUCAGCGGCCUCAGAGACAACUCCAUCAAGAUCUGGGACAAGCAGUCUCUGGAGUGUCUGAAGAUCUUGACGGGUCAUACAGGUUCAGUGUUGUGUCUGCAGUAUGAUGAGAGGGUCAUCGUCACCGGGUCCUCAGACUCCACCGUCAGGGUGUGGGAUGUGAACACUGGGGAGGUGCUGAACACUCUGAUCCACCACAACGAGGCGGUUCUCCACUUGCGGUUCUGUAAUGGUCUGAUGGUGACGUGCUCGAAGGACCGUUCCAUCGCCGUGUGGGACAUGGCCUCGCCCACAGACAUCAGUCUGCGCCGCGUGCUGGUCGGCCAUAGAGCAGCGGUCAACGUGGUGGACUUUGACGACAAGUACAUCGUGUCAGCGUCCGGUGACCGUACCAUCAAGGUGUGGAGCACCAGCACGUGCGAGUUUGUACGUACGCUGAAUGGCCAUAAGAGAGGCAUUGCCUGUCUGCAGUACAGAGACCGACUAGUGGUCAGCGGCUCCUCGGACAACACUAUCCGGUUGUGGGAUAUUGAGUGCGGGGCAUGUUUGCGGGUAUUGGAAGGCCAUGAGGAGUUGGUCCGUUGCAUUCGCUUCGACAACAAGAGGAUCGUUAGCGGAGCCUACGAUGGUAAAAUCAAAGUAUGGGACUUACAAGCUGCUCUGGACCCUCGUGCCCCUGCCAGCACCCUCUGUCUGCGCACACUGGUGGAGCACUCUGGGCGUGUAUUCCGGCUACAGUUUGAUGAAUUCCAGAUCAUCAGCAGUUCCCAUGACGACACUAUCCUCAUCUGGGACUUCCUGAACGUGUCGACCAAUGGACAGACUGAGGGCAGGUCGCCCUCUCGCACGUAUACAUACAUCUCCAGAUAGCAGGCCCGGUGGAAUGUGAUGUGUGUGCGGGGACAGUCCUAAUGGCCAAGUCAAUGUGCCAGGGUCAGAGGUCACUUCCCACUCCAUCAUCCUCGCUGCAUCAUCUCUGUCCUCCUCCUGGUGUUCGUGUGGAGGGGUCGUCCCGCCCUCAUCGGGCCUUCGGUGCUCAAACACAUUGCCCCUUACACCCCCACCCACCCCAACCAAAUCGCACACAAACAUGCACACAAAGCGGAGUCUACUAGGUCACACUCUAAGGCCCAACUCCCCUUACUCUGGUCACCCAAGACCGAGUAACAGACAUGGACAUGAAGGAAUCUGAACUGAAUGGCUGGAGGAAUGGAGAAAGAGGGUUGGAAACGGCCUGUUAAAGAUGCCCUGGGGAGGAAAGGAAGGAAGGAGGCAGGGCCGGGGCUCAACUCAACGGGGCUCUUCAUCCAGACUGAGUGACAGAUGCCUCAAGCCCGCCCCUUUGGGCACCAAGGACAUAUCUAUCUUGUUGUUUUCUCAUUUUGUUUGGUAAAAAAAAAAAUGUGGAAGAGAGCUGAUGUUUUUUUCCCCCUGAAGACAGUACUGCAUGGAUAAGUGAUGGGACAACAGUGUGCUAGUGACCUAUUUAUGUUUUUCUAUAUAUUUUGUAUUAUUUUUGACCCAAUUCAUUUAGUUUGUUAGUGUACUAAGAAUUUUUCUUCUCUCCAAACCCCUCUCAAAUUCACCCCCUCUCAUCCUUAGUUCUCUACCCUGCGUUCGUCUUUUACUUACUCUCCCUCUGUCCUGUUCUGUCCCCCUCUUGCUGCCUGUCUAGGUUCUGAAUGACCCCUUACUGAGCUGAAAUUAGUUGUAAACAGAAUUGUCUUGUCUAAAAUGGUGUUGUAUAUUAUGAAAAGAUUUUUUUAAAGGAAAAAAACAAAACAUUAAUAAGAAUAAAGUACUUGAAUGUGAAGGAGUGUAAA